UCCGACAUGGCGGCGGGCGCGGUGUCCAACCCGUCUCAGCUCCUGCCGCUCGAACUUGUGGACAAGUGCAUCGGUUCACGCAUUCACAUCGUGAUGAAGAGCGACAAAGAAAUUGUUGGGACACUUCUAGGAUUUGAUGACUUUGUCAAUAUGGUGCUGGAAGAUGUUACGGAAUUUGAGAUCACACCUGAGGGCAGAAGAAUCACAAAGCUGGACCAGAUUCUGCUAAAUGGAAAUAACAUAACUAUGCUGGUUCCUGGAGGAGAAGGACCUGAAGUGUGAAGACAUGAUAUUCAUAUGUACUUUACAUGUACAUACGCAAAAUCAAGAUAGAGAUUUUGAGAUAGAAGUGUGUUUGGGUGUGGAUCAUUCAUUUGCUUUGCUUACACAUGGGACAUUUUACAAAUCACAACUCUUUAGGAAAGGUGCUGGUAGUAAUGUUGACUUUGUAAGUUGAAAUCAUGACUUUCUUGUAAUGAAACCUUGCAUGAACCUCUUCUAAUAAAAGGUUUUGUUGGUUA